AUCGUCAAACCGCCCGCGGUCCAAAAUCCAAACCCUGCGAGUGUAUAGAAGAAGAACCCCCCACCCCAUCGCAACCCGCAAUGGUCGCGGCGGAAGAUCCGGAACACUUCUUCGCCGCCUCGCCGCCGCUGCGCGACGCUGCCGUUGUCGCCGCCAGCCUGCAGGAGUUCGUCGCGCGCAAUUCGCACGCAUCAUCAGACGGCGUCGGGCGGCGGCGCAUCGUCUGCGUCACGUCGGGCGGGACCACGGUGCCGCUGGAGCAGCGAUGCGUGCGCUACAUCGACAACUUCAGCUCCGGCCACCGCGGCGCCGCGUCCACCGAGUAUUUCUUAAAGGCUGGCUAUGCGGUCAUUUUCGUCCAUCGGCGAGGGAGUUGCCAGCCUUUCUCCAGGUUCCUGCCUGAUGACUCGUUUCUCCACUUCUUUGAUGUCACAACAGAUUCGAAGGUUCAAGUGGCCGAGUCCCAGGCAACGGUGGUAAAGAGAGCAAUUGGGGAUUAUCGCAAGGCUACUGAAGGAGGCUCUCUGCUGAAACUCCCAUUCACCACGAUAUUUGAGUAUCUUCAGUUACUGAAGAUGGUUGCUACAUCCAUGAGCUGUGUGGGUCUCCACGGGAUGUUCUAUCUCGCUGCAGCUGUGUCUGACUUCUAUGUUCCAUGGGAUAGCAUGGCAAAACAUAAGAUCCAGUCAGCCGGAGGCCCACUGGAUAUGAAGCUCAGCCAGGUUCCAAAAAUGCUCCCCGUUCUGCGCAACCAUUGGGCCCCCUUGGCCUUCUGCGUAUCCUUCAAGCUGGAGACGGAUCCAGACAUUCUAGUUCAGAAAGCAGAGACGGCUCUGAGCAAGUACAGGAUGGACGUUGUUGUGGCCAAUCUACUUGCAACGUACAAGGAGGAGGUCGUCAUCAUCUCGAAUGGCAAAAGCAACACCAUUCGAAGGUGCAGCAAAGGCGAGGAUCUGGAGGAGCAUAUCAUCAAGCUCCUAGAGAAGAGCCACUCCAAGUUUAUUUACAGCAGCACGGAAGGGUGCAGUAAGAACGACUACGAAAAGCUUAUACCGUUAGGCAUCAAAAGUCUGGCUUAAGGGAAACAUUGAUCGGUUCUGGAGCUCAAAUUAAUAGGGAAGCCCCAUCAGCACUCUUGUAGUGUUUGGAUGGAUGGACGAGGAAGGAUGAAGAGGGAUGGGAUAGGAUCAUUCUAAGUUGACCCAUGUUUGGUUUGGAGGUCUAGAGUCACGGUCAAGGAAUAUUUUUCAAAAAUAGUGGAUGGGGCCAUCCCUUAAAAAAUAAGGGACGGAGUCAACUCAGAGUUGAUCCCAUCCCAUCUCUCGUUGACACCGAACCAAACACAUCAUAAAGCUCUACAUGCAGUGUGUACAUUUGCUGGUAAUGUAUAUGUAAGCAGGACUAAUAGGAUUGUUCUGUUCUCACACGCACACAAACACGCCACCAAAAAAGAUGGUCCAAAGUUGUAUGUAUCGUUUGCUAUUCACCUGUUAAUUAAUGGCUUUGUAAUCAGAAAUGAUUAUUGUUCAAAUUGUUUC